GCAAGCGCGAGCGGACAAUCCUAUCCAACCGCUAGCACUCCUGUCAGGCAGCGUGUUAGUUUUCGCCGGGCUGUUUGUUUGGGACAUGUUGCUUCGGAUUGCUGUGUGAAGACAAACCUCACCUGAAGACAGCAGGGAUGGCUCUGGAGCAGCUCAGUGAUGUGGUCCAGAGAUGUCAAGCGCUCCCUGAUGACAGCUACACCGCUGAGGACCAUGACGUCUUCACGAUUGCUGGGCGGACCUGCAUUGAGGAGGGAAACAGUGCACAGGUCCUCAGUAUUAUCCUGGAUGAAAAGAAUCAGGAUAUAGUCAGAUGUAUGGGUUGGAAUCUGCUGCCUCCCCUGAUUCAGGUUUUGCUCAAGAAAGAAGACAAGAACCUUCCUCAAUGCCUGGCCAUUUUCAACCACCUGCUCAAGACUUGUAGGCCCAAGGAGCUGCUGAUUGGCCUGUUGGAGCAGCUGGAGCACGAUGAUCCUGACACCAUAGCAGAAAGUCUCCAUCUGCUGUUGAACCCUCUACAGAAAGUGCUGCUGUGUCUGGGCAGCCGUAAGGCCUCGUCCUUGGGCAUGACCCUGGCCUCAGUGCUGGACCAGGUGGCCAAACUGCCUCUACCUCACACCAAGGAGCAAGAGGAGGAUGACGUCUUCUCGCUUUGCCGCUGCUGCACGGACCUGAUAGCCUUCGUCAGACCUUUCGUCCUCGAGGUCAGGCAAAACCGCCCGAAUGGGGAGGAGCUGAGCGAGAACACAAACAAGAUGCAGAGUGGACUGGACACUGAUAAAGAGGAUGAACUGAGGACAGAGCUGCUGAAGUUCUGCAUGAAGACUCUGAGUCACCCUUUGUUGGAGGUACAGCUCAAAGAUCCUGACACUCUGGCUGUGUCUCCCCUCAGGGAUUUUGCCACAGAGAUUCUGAAUACCCUCAGUGCUAUCGGAGAGUCCCUCUCCAGUCUCGUGUACCAGCCUCUGCUGAAGAGAAAACAGGUUCCAGGCUUUCUGGAGGAGGAGGUGCGUUAUCCUAAAGAGUCUCUGGCCAGCCUGGCUCACCUGGUGUUCGUCCACCACCUGGCUGCGGAUACAUUCCCUAGUGUUUUCAGUCCUGUGUUCUGUCUACGGUGUAACAUGGAGCACGUCUGCCUCCUGUUGUCCAGAAUGGAGGAGACAAGGAUUCAGAAAGGACUGGAGCUUUAUGAGAAGAGUCUUGUGCGGGUACCAGACUGCAGCCUUCCUGCAGAUCUGUUGGAGAUCAAAACCUUCCUCACAGUCCCUCAGAACUUAGUGAAGGUUAUGACAAUGUGUCCAAGGCAUGAUUUGAGGACUAGAGGUCUGAAGGUGUUCCAGCAGAGCAUUGAUAAAUUUAACACUGAAGCCAAGUACAAUUUUUUCCGGUACAUGCUGACCACCAGUAAUCACUCAGGAGUCGAGGGCUACGUCAUCAAAAACAUCAAGAAUCAGAUAGACGUUGCCCUGCAGCCAGGUAACAGUAACACCUGGUUUGAGGGGGUUCACCUGCUCCCUCUGCUGCGCAAGGUUCUCAUUCUCCCAGACGGUCCGGAGACCGACCUCCUGCAGUACCUGGACAGAGUUAUGGAGUCUCUGAACCUGCUGCGUUACCUGGUCAUCAGAGACAAAGUGACAGAGAACCAGACAGGGAUCUGGACAGAGCUGUAUAAGAUAGAGGAUACAUUCAUGAAGCCUCUGCGUGUCGGCGUGAACAUGUCAAGAGCUCACUACGAGAGGGAGCUGCUCAACACCAUGGAGGCCAAGAAGAGCAAGGCCAAAGAGGGGUCAAUGCUUUCUGUGUCUGUUGGUGACGAGAAGCUGCCUAACAUGACAUCAGAGUCACAGAUUCAGGCUCUGCACUCAGCCCUGCAUACAUUCGACAUGAUCGAGAGCGUGCUGGUGCGGAUAGAGGAGCUCAUCGACGUGAGAGAAAAUCUUUAGACUGAGUUUCAAUUGCCACACAUCCUCACCUGUCUCAGGACCUAACGGAUAAAAAAAGCCUUCAACUGAUCUGUUGAUUUAUGUUAAAGAAGAUAAAUCAGCUGUUGAUGCAUCACUUCAAACAGUUAAACCAUGCAACCACUAGUUUUUUUUGAUACUGUAUUUCAAGUGUUGUUUCCAGCAGGUCUGCUUGGUAUCAAAAAUCAAGUAUUACUGUAAAACAUUUCAAACAGUGUCUAUAAAACCAAAACCAAAUUAAAGCUGCGAGCAGCGUUGAACGGGCCCUCGCACCCGGCGCCCGUCGGGGGAGCAGCGACCGCGGGACCCCGGCAACCGCGGGGUCGACACAGGUCGCAGGGCACACGCUGGCGUAACAGUUCACACUUCCGAGAUGUAAAAAUUUUAAAUAAAAGCUUUUAUGCUAA